GCGCGAUCAUCGAGAAAGCAGCCAAGGGCCUCCCGAUCCAACAAACGAUCACCUCCUGCUUCCGCUCCAUGGCCCGCCACCCGGGGGCCUUCUUCCUCAGCACGCCGUUCCUGCUGAUCUACACGCUGUACACGUCGACCUACCUGACGGCCAACACGAUCGACACGGUGCUGUCGACGAUGCGCGACAAGCCCUUCUCGACGGUCUUCCCCGGCACGGCCAAAUUCCUGUCGACGACGGUCGUCAACAUGGGCAUCUGCGUGUACAAGGACGCACGAUUCGCGCGGAUAUUCGGGGCAUCGCCCGCCCCGGGCACCAACACCACCACCAACCCCCCCAGCGCAACCAGCACAACCCCAUCACCACCCACGAAACCCAACGCCAACCUCUCCCCCACAAUCGCAAUCCCCCGCCCCCAACACACCGUCUCCGCCGCGUGCCACCCGGCCACCGGGCCCGGCGCCCCCACCGUCCCGCGCGUCUCCUACGCCCUCUUCUGCCUCCGCGACAGCAUCACCAUCUUCGCCUCGUUCAACAUCCCCGCCCUCCUGGCGCCGCACAUCCCCGACCGCGUCGCCGCCACCCCCGGCAUGAAGGCGGCGCUGGCGCAGUUCAGCUGUCCCGCGCUCAUGCAGUUCGCCAGCACGCCCAUGCAUCUGCUGGGCCUGGAUCUGUAUAAUAGGCAGCCCCCCGGGGGGCUGGGGUGGCGGGAGCGCGUGGCGCGGAUCCGCCGGGAUUAUGUGCCCAGCUGCUUUGCACGGAUGGGCAAGAUCGUGCCGGCGUAUGGGGUGGGUGGGGUCGUGAAUGUGAGGAUGAGGGCUUGGUUGAUGGGGGGGUUGGAGGGGCAGAGGUCUUAGACGGCCCUUGGGUGUGGUUGUCCCGGGGAAUAGUCGAUGGGUUUCAUCGGUAUGCAUAUCAUGCGAUGAGGGUUUUCUGGAAUCUCGUUGAGGGGAAGAAAUGGGUCCUUAUGGAUUCUGGACUUGGGGGAUGCUCAUAAACUUGGCUCUUGUUUUGUCGGCGUUUGCGAUAGACUUGCGGGGGGUGGACGCCGCUUGCCGCUACUUACUUACUCACACCACUUACCCUU